AGAGGGACCGGCACUGGCAGCCCAACCCUAUUCCUUCAUUUCCUGUCGGUGCUUCGCUGUAUGAAACAGUCCUGUCGAAUGUUAGGAUUAGCGGAUUGAGACUGAGAGCAACACACUGACCGGGCGCUGUACUUCAAUAAGAAAAGAGCUAUCGUCCAUUUCAAUAUAGUGUGCUGUGGUGAGGGCUGCCCCUACAGUAUUGCCAGCAUGGCAAGCAGCAGAGCCUCCCUCUAUCGCCUCGCCCUCCUGGCACUGCUCGUGGGGCUUCUGCCUCACGCCGCCUUCACCAAAAAGGGAAGCGGAUCCAAAUCCAGCGGGGGAUCCAAGUCCAAGGGGUCAGGCGGGACCAGCAGCAAGACCCCCGGCAACACAGGACAGGGGGCUGGAUCUAACUACCCUAACACUGGACAGGGCAAACCUAACACUGGAGGAGGCUACCCUAACACUGGAGGAGGCUACCCUAACACUGGAGGAGGCUACCCUAACACUGGACAGGGCAAACCUAACACUGGAGGAGGUUACCCUAACACUGGAGGAGGUUACCCUAACACUGGAGGAGGUUACCCUAACACUGGAGGGGGCUACCCUAACCCUGGAGGAGGUUACCCUAACCCUGGAGGAGGUUACCCUAACACUGGAGGAGGUUACCCUAACACUGGAGGGGGCUACCCUAACACUGGAGGGGGCUACCCCAACACUGGAGGGGGUUACCCUAACACUGGAGGAGGCUACCCUAACACUGGAGGAGGCUACCCUAACACUGGAGCGGGCUACCCUAACACUGGAGGGGGAUACCCUAACCCUGGAGGAGGCUACCCUAACACUGGAGCGGGCUACCCUAACACUGGAGGAGGCUACCCUAACCCUGGAGGAGGCUACUCUAACCCUGGAGGGGGCUACCCUAACCCUGGAGGAGGUUACCCUAACACUGGAGCGGGCUACCCUAACACUGGAGCGGGCUACCCUAACACUGGAGGGGGCUACCCCAACACUGGAGGACGCUACCCUAAUACUGGAGGAGGCUACCCUAACACAGGAGGAAGCUACCCCAACACUGGAGGGGGCUACCCUAACACUGGAGGAGGCUACCCUAACACUGGAGGGGGCUACCCCAACACUGGAGGAGGCUACCCAAACACUGGAGGAGGCACUCCAAAAAUCUACGGGCCAGGCUAUAACAGCCACAACCAGGGCAGGGCUCCCUGGAACGGUGGCGGCGGCUCUUCCUUCUCUCAGUCAGUGGCAGGUCAGGGCUUCAAGCCCUCCCACAAGUCCAAGGGGUUCGGCAAGAAGGCGGCGCUGGCAGCGGGGCUAGGGGUGGCCACGGGCAUGGCGAUGGGGUACGGGCUGAGCCGGACGAGGUUCCCAGGCUCGUUCCCAGGCUCGUUCCCAGGUGUCUACAGGGGCCCCAGGCUGGAGAUCGACUUCAACAGCGAGGAGGAAGAGCGCUACUACAACUACUACAUGUGGAAGCGCUACGUGGCCACCCCUUUUGGUGGAGACAGCGGGACGCUGAUGCAUUACUACUUCCGGCAGCCGGCGCAGACUUACGAGAUGUUUCGGGAUCGGUGCUUGAAGAGAAACGACCUGCUGCCCGGAAAGGAGACUGACCGAGCUGUUCAGAGCCCAGCCGGUACCGAUGAAGACGUUCCGCGCAGCAAUAUUAACACCACUGCCACAGAUAACAGCAAAAACACCAUGGACAUCCUCCCCAGCAGAAACAACAGCGCUGUUGAUGCCACCAGUAACCCCCCUGUAAGCGUGAGCCCUGGAAACAUUAACGUCACGGAAACUGAAGCAAAAAACAGCACCGGAAACGCUACCGUGAAUAAUACCGCGAGCGAAGCAGCAAGCGCAACCCGGCCGGCUCAGGGAGACAAAGACGAUGACGACGUGGUCGGCGUGAUGGACAUCGGCAAUCCGGAAAUGAUCGAGCAGAUGAAGCUGUACCGCUGCAUCGAGCUCUACGUGGAUUACACGCACCAGUACCUCACGAAACGCACCGAGACCCACAGGAGGAUCCCCCAGUCGAAAGGAGCGGCCAGGCUCACCGGCUCCCUCCUGCUGCUCGUCAGCACUCUGCUACUGCAGUGACUCAGCGGGUCCAGCCUUCGAAUCCAGUCUGGGUGUCAGUCCCUUAGUUAACCCUGCUCCCCUGCAGCACGUCGGAAAUUGCAGCUCGUCAGAGCUUUGUAUCGCUUGCGCGUUUGAAUUCUCUUCCCUUCUGACUACAUGUAAAUCCCAGUUACAGACUUGUGUGUGGACAGCUUUCAAACAGUGAAGCACUGUAUUCUCUUUAUAUAACUUUAUAUAUAUAUAUAUAUAUAUAUAUAUAUAUAUAUAUAUAUGAUGUGUAGCAGCAUUUAUGCGGUCCCGUGGCGCUUUGUAAAAAAAAAAAAAAUGUAUGGUCCAGAUUUAUCUGUGCCCAUUUGACCUCACACUUAUUAAAGAUGUAAUAACAGGCUUAUUGCCGUACUUGGCAUUAAUGUAACUACUGUAGCUGCCUGGAUUGAGCUCUCCACAGAAAUCAGGUGCUGACAACACAGUGAGGCUCAAUAUAUACCAUUCCAAGUGUGUGUCAUACACAGAGCUCAAGAGAACGCACACUCUGACCGUGAUUACAGGCAGCCGCCCAACACAGAACCUGUUGUGGUUUCGACUUUUAGAAUGCUUUGCGUUUAGAAGAAGUGUAGUUGCUGUGAAUAGGAUCCAAUGGGGAGUAAUUAUAUAGAGCAUUAACUAUAGGCAGUGACGUCACAGUGUCAUUACACACACCGACAUGGUAGUAAUAACACUGUAAACUUCAUCAAGCUCUAUGGGAGAUCACAACUCUCCAUAUACAAUAAUGAAAUUACUGUAUUUGUGCCCUGUGAUCUACACUGCUGUGCGGGGAAUGAAUCAAGCCCUGGUUAUUAACUCUUUCAUAUUUACAAAACCAACGUAUCGUAGAUGUGAUUGUAACUUCUAGACACACCAAAAAGUCAUACUGUGUGCAUGUGUGUGUGUGUGUGUGUGUCUACACCUGUAUGUCUAUUUAGCACCUUGACCUUAUAUUUAUGGAAAUAUAUACAUUUGCAUUAUGAAACAAUCUGCAUCUUAACCUUGAAUGUGGAAUUAUUGGACUCGACUUGCUGGGUUUGACUUAUAUUACCAUGUGGAGUUUUGGUAUUGUUAUUUUUUAUUUUCUUAACUCCUAUUGCACAGCAGUUUAAGCCAGUCCGGGUUUUUCAUUCUGUGGGCUUGUUAACAAUACAUUGUACCAAAAUAAGCUCUGGAAUAUAGGGAAGCUAGUAUAGUAUACUAUAGUAUAGUAUAGUGGAAUGGAAAUAAGACUCCCGUUGCACAGCAGUUUGAUCCAUUCCUGGUUUUAUUAUGAGUUUAAUAAGACACACCUCAGCUUGUUACCUAUACAGUUGGGCUAAUCGAGUUCUUCGUAAAACCUGGAAUGGGCGAACUGCCAUGUAAUAGGAGUCUUAUAGUAGUAUAGCAUUCGUCCGCUAUAGCUCAGUACCUCAAACUAUAUAUUAGAAUAUGAAACGCAUGUAUUUUGAAACACGCAUUCUGCUUUACCUAUAUACGUGAGUGAAAGUUCCAGUGGGGCGAUUCCAUGAAAAUGGUUUGUUUGUUACACUAAAUAUUUUAGAUGGUGAUCAUGGAUCUGUACUAAUCCAGUGAAGUUUGAUCCUCAAAACGUCUGGCCACAUGUAAAAAUGUUAACGGGAGAGCUCAGCAGCAGAAGCAGUUUUAAUUUGGGUGGAAACCAGCUAUAUCUUAGCUCUAGAAUACACUAGUCUUAUUGUCACUCUCUGUCUGUUCUGUUUCUGUCCAUUUUUACUGCAUGCAAUUUAAUAGUCCCUCCAGGAAAAAAAAACAUGUGAUUCUGCAAUCGCAGAAUUAUUUUUUUUUCAUUUACAGAUUUUAUAAUUGACUGCAAAAAAAAAAAAAGAGAGUUUAUACAUCAGGUACAGUAAUGCUGCUGGGUGGUGUCAGUGUUGCGAGUGUGAGGAGGAGAGGGGGCUGGAUAUUGUGUCGGUGAUUGGGAGGUUCAUGAGACUGUCCUUAACCUACAAAUACAGAGCAGAAUUACACACCCCUGCAAAACAAGGGCGAGCAGCAGUCCACGUCUGCAUGCAUUUUACGGAUUUGUUACUAAACUAAGUUUUUGGGUUUUUUUUCUUGCAUGUGAUAAACACAAAUUCUAAUAAAGCACUCCUUCGUAUAGCCUUGAUUUUCCUCGUUGCAGAUUUUAAUGCUGCUGAUUUCCGGGGAGACUAAUGUCCCUUAUAAAAGUUUCCUAUGUAAAAGCAUAACUCAAUCAGUGUAAUCAAGCAUAGUGUGGUAAAGAAUAGGGAAGCAUUGUAAAGAAUAGCAAGGUAAAGCAUAUUAAUAAGCAUAGCAAACCAGGGUACGCUGUGGUAAAAGUAUUUAUAACGUGGUAAAUGUUUAUAAGGGGUGUAGAAGGUUAGCAUAGUUCUCAUCCACAUUUCUCAGCAUUGAUUUGGGAAAAGUCCUAACCCUUGUGCUGGUGAAAGUCAAACCCAGUCUUUCUUUGAUGUGGGUAAUUGUGAAUGUACAUUUUUUACUUGAACUUCAAAUUCUGUUAUAAACAUUAAUAAAGUCUUGUGAAGCCUA